AUGGGCAAAACACGCGAUCCCAGCCCGAGCGCCAGCUCAAAUGCUUCUUCGGAUGCCGAACCCAAGGUCGUCAAGGUCGAAAAGACAAAGAAGCGCAAGCGCAACAUCCUGCCCGAGGGUGAAAUCGAAGUCGACCUGAAUGCCCCGGAGCCGCCGUCGAAGAAGGCCAUGCGUGAAGCGAAGAAGGCUGCAAAGAGAGCAAAGGAUGACCCCGAGGGAGCUGCUGCUGCCGCUGCCGCUGCCGCAGCUGCCGUGCCAGAUGGCGAGAAGAAGCGCAGUGAAUACGGUAUCUGGAUUGGAAACUUGGCUUUUGCCGUCGACAAGGACAUGCUGCGUGUCUUCUUCACUCGUCAGGCCCAGAUCCCUGAAGCUGAGAUUACUCGUUUGAACAUGCCUGUUCCUCAGGCUCCUGCUCAGCCUGGUCGCACAAAGCCCUCAAACAAAGGUUUCGCAUACGUCGACUUCGCUACCGAGGAAUCCCUGAACAAGGCCAUGGCUAUGUCUGAGACUCUCGUCAGUGGCCGCAAGGUCCUCAUCAAGAACGCGAAGAGUUUCGAGGGCCGCCCUGCCCAAGCCACCGCUACAGUAAACGCCCUCGCCGGAAACGCCGACACAAGCGAAGCUGCCACCGCCGCAGGAGCCACCAACAAGAUCGGCCCUAACGGCAAGCCCAUCAUGCCCCCUAGCAAGCGUGUCUUUGUCGGAAACCUCAACUUCGACGUCACAAGAGAUGAUUUGGAAACGCACUUCUCACAAGCCGGCGAGCUGGAAGAUUGCUUCAUGGCCACCUUCCAAGACACGGGAAAGUGCAAGGGUUACGCCUGGAUCCGUUUCUCAGAACUCGAAGCCGCAGAAUCCGCCGUCCGAGGCUUCAUCUGGAAAUUCGACGACGCCAGUGAUGACGAGGAGGAAGAGGAGGAGGCAGCAGCAGCAGAGGAGGAAGCAACAGAGACAAAGGCCGAGACCUCAGACUCAGACAACAGCGACGACGAAGAUGCCACCACAGAAAAGAAGGAAACCAAAAAGACGAAAAAGCCAAAGAAGCAAAACAAACGCAAAUGGUUCAUCAACCGCCUCCACGGCCGCCCUCUCCGCUGCGAAUUCGCAGAAGACGCCAGCACACGCUACAAGAAGCGUUUCGGCAAGGAAAGACCCACCACAGAUUCCUCCGAAGGCGGUGCCCCCAUUACCGAAGUCGAGGGCGGAGCAGGAGCAGGAGCAGAAGAGAGAACGCAAAGAAGAUCAAAGCCCAAGGGUGACAAGGACGAGAGACAGGAGCAGCGUAGAAAGAAGUUCGAUGCCAGAAAGAUUAGACCGGGUAAUGCUUUGGCGAAUGCUCCUAGAGCUUCUGCUGCUAUUGUCGAGGCUGCUGGUAAGAAGAUUUCGUUUGAUGAUUAG